GGAGUGCCAGAUCUCUGCAAAUUCAUCUUGUUUCACCAUUGCUACAACAUCCCAAUCAUGGCAAAAGAUGACCUAGGUUUUAUGGUCUGCUGGAUCCGAAUUGCAGAGAACAAAGCCGAGAUCCUCCCACUGCAUAUGUUUUGGAAACAGGAUGAUACUAAAGUGAAAAAGUUACGGGUGGUUGGGAAAUUGCUAUCCCAACGGAGGAUCAACCUUAAUGGCCUCCAAAACGUUUUAACGGCUUCUUGGAACCCUAAGAAAGCUCUUGUAAUUGUCAAUCUAGGUGGCUGUCAUUGGAGAUGGAUUGGGUUUUCCGACCAAAAACAAGAGGAAAGGAUUGCGGUUGGGAAAGCUGACGGUGUUCUACGAGGGGAGAACACUAUUCUAGUUGUUAAAGGGGCUCUUGUUCCUUUAAUGACUUUUGGCCACAUGGGAUUAAAGAGGAUUGGAACAAUUAGGGCCAUGGUUGGGAGCUCAUGGAGCCGAGGGAGGUGCUUGGGCUUGGAUGGAGGACCAUGUUCCUUCUUGUUGAUUAUUCCUCAAUGAAUAGAUAGGGUGGCAACUUGUGGUUGGGGAUUGUUUGUUGCUGAAAUCCUUGCUCUCCCCAUGAAGCUGGUUAACUAGGUGAUGACGUCUAGUAGCUUCCGAUGCUCAUAGUAACUCUCCUUUCUACAUUAGCAGCCCUAUUUAACCAAUACAGCAAUUGCAAUUGC